GUGAGCUUUUGCAAUCACAGAACAGUCACUUCCUCCGGUGAAGAUUUGGAGGGAUGAUCAAAAAUGGCUGCUGCGCAGUUCGUCUGCAGUUAGUUCAUCCUGUCUAUAACGAACAAAAUAUUCGGUAAUUUGCUUGGUCGUGGGAGCUGGUGAAGUAACGUUUAACGAAGGAUGCAGAGAGCCCUGUCGAGCUUUCCCUUCGCCCCAGCUGUGAAAGUGAGGCUGAUCAAUGCUGGCUUUCAGUCCGCUGCAGAUCUGUGCGACUUCCGACCUCUGCAACUCAGCAAAGAGGCAGGGAUCUCCCAGGAGGAGGCGGAAGAGGUCCUGCAGGCCGUGCGGUCUGAGCCCCACCAGGGGAGGGCAGCGGGGAGCAGGUUAACAGCCCUGGAGCUGCUGGAGAGGGAGCAGACCCUCGGAAGCAUAGUCACCUUCUGCUCGGACCUGGACUGUAUGCUCGGAGGAGGAGUGCCCGUGGGCAAGACCAUGGAGGUCUGCGGGGCGCCUGGUGUGGGCAAGACGCAGCUGUGCAUGCAGCUGGCUGUGGAUGUCCAGAUCCCAGUGUGCUUUGGGGGACUGGGAGGCCAAGUGGCAUACAUAGACACUGAAGGCAGCUUCUUCGUCCAGCGGGUCGCAGACAUGGCUCAGGCCGCCGUGGAGCACUGCAGCCUAAUGGCUGAAGACACCGAGAUUCUCCGCGACGGGACGGUGUCGUCCCCAUCUCCGCCUGUAGGGGAGACGGAAACAACCACGGCAGCGAGGACACCCAAAGCAACAACAGCGCGGGACGUAAAAAUUCUUUAUCGUAGAAAUUUGUUUCUUUUGAGCUUUUGUUCAUAAGGUUGACACACAAACGGGUGUGCCAGCGUAGGCUGAUGGUGGAGUGCCUGGAGCGCAGGCCUGUUUCGGUGGCUGGAGUGGAGCGGUGUCGGACGCAUCGAGCGCCUGAUUUGUGUGCUUUGGCGUCAUUCGGGCUAUUCCACUCUCACCGUUAUGAAGUGCUCAUCCUGUAACCGCUCCCAUGGGACCCUUCAGUGCUUAACGCUGUUUAUAGACGGUGCGGAUACUUCAUCUGCUUUAGUGGAUUUUGGCACGCCGCCACUAACCAUGUUUUAUUUUAUUUAUUUUUUUUAUCUCCCCCUCUGCCAUUCCUCCAUUGCUGGAGGGUUAUGUUAAGUUCACCUGCUGAGGAAGUCCUGACCUGCCUGGCUUGUGUCUUCUCCAGUCCUUUUGUUGAUUCCGCUGCUCCUACAGCCACUUAUUUGUCCCAUGUGGUGACUCUGAUAGGUCUGUUCAGCCCCUGCUGACUUGUUUGCCCCUCUAGAGAGGUUAUGCACACUUCAGCCACCAUGGUUUUCAGAUUUGUUAAUACAACUGUUUUCUCAGCAAGACUGUGUGCAAUUUUCUACAUAUACAUGGUAAUUGUAAACAAAAAUAAUUUUCAAAUGGUGAAAGACCAAUAUAAUUAUUAUACACAGUAUAUGGGGUUAGAAGGGUUUCUGUGUCUAACCCUUACAGUAUAAGAUGGUGUUUUUGUGGAACCCUUAGAAGUUAAGAGGACAUUAAGGGGUUCUAGGUAGAACCAUAUGAAAGGUAGAACCUUUACCAAGGGUUCUCCCACAGGGACAGACCACAGAACAAUAUAUGGUUUUAGGUGGAGCCCUUUUGUUAGAGAAGUGAACAUUCAAGAGUGUUGAAAACAAAAGGGAUUAUUAACAGGUGGGAAGACCGUUUUUCAGGUUUCAAAUUUAUUUCAUUUAAAAAUAAUGAAAUCAAAUUGGAAAAGAGUAGAAUUGAAAUGAUGAAACCUUUUAAUUUCUGCUUCUGUGUGAUCAGUGUUUCUUUCUCUUUGUGGACUGAAAUCAGUUAUGUAGAAAUAAUCAUUAUUUCAAAUAAAAAAAUUGUCGCAGUAACCAUGUGUCGUGAAUCACAGCGAAUCAUAUGUUGGGAAAUGCAAAAAUGUUGUUUUUUUUCUGCGUAUAUACCAGCUCUAGCUUCAGUAGAUGACCU